UUCAUUUGAUAGCUUGCGGCGGUCGCUCUAUGGCAAGUACAAGAUCCGAACGCUCGGAAAGGAGCAAAACGAAGAAGAAGAGAUCAAGGAGAAGCGAUAGCGAGAGAAGCGAGAGAAGCAGCAGAAGCAGGAGUAGGAGAAGACAACAUAGGCCGUCGAGAUCGGGAAGAAGCGGUUCUGAGAGCCAUAGAUCUUCGAAAAAGUCUUCGAAAUCACACAAAAGCAAGCGAAGUUCAAGAAGAUCGCGGCGAUCACGCAGAUCUGAAAGGAGCAGGGGGAGGAACACUAUCAAGCUCAUCUACAAAAAAGGGCAUCGCUAUGUGAAAAUCACAGACUUCGUUGCUGUGUCUCAACUCAUAAAACAGCAUCAAGUGACUGGACGAGUUCCGCGCUCUAUCGAUCUCACUGAUUAUUUUGAUACGACCAUUACAAUUCUAGCUGACUACAUCGAAAAAGGAGAGAUAAAAGCUAAAAUAUCAUUCUACGCUUUGGCAGAGCUACUGAAGCUCACAAAGACUUUUGUGAUGGAAGAUCUACAAAGGCGCCUUGAAGAGAUCCUCAUUUUGACCGCCGAUACUUCUACCGAUCAUCUCAUACAAGCGGUUCUUGUAGCUGGCACAUCAAACAUUACAAAAGAGACGGAGAAUGCUCUGCAUUAUCUCGCCGCUUGGAGUUUUGUGAAAAUGGCCAAGUUACCGGACUUCCAGCGCAUUCCGUACCACCAGUUUGUCAUGCUUCUAGCCAGCUGCGAGCUACAUGUUGCUCAUGAAGUCGUCGCUGCUGAUGCCGCUCUUCUAUGGCUUGUCGGUCAACCUCAUCCAGCUGUUUACGUGCCUGGUGUAUUUUCCGUGAUUCGUUCCGCUUAUCUAAGUAAAGUAGAUCGUCAGCUCAUCGUAGAACGCAUCGCUACUCUGCAAAUGCCGGAAUCGGUGGCUCGUUUCGCCAAAAAUUCGAUGGAGUCAAAGCAUAGUAGCCGAAUCUGCCUUGAAGGAACACACAUCAAUCGUCAUCUAGUCCGUUGUGGUAUACCAGAUCCUGAGAAACGUCCGAAAGAGACACAACUAGUGUUGAGUAGACCACGUGAGGGGAUCAAAUGGAGUGAGAAGAACCUAGAAGAGCAGAAAAAAUCGAGGAGAUCGAAAAGAUUGAGAAGAUCCAAGAAGUCCAGAAGUAGAAAGAGUAGAAGAAGCAGCCAAAGCAAAAGAUCUAGCCGCAAGAGUAGAUCGCAGCGUUCAUCAAGAAGUAAACGGUCGCCAAAAUCGGAAAGAUCCGGAUCAAAAAGCAGACGCUCGAAAAGAAGCAGUAAAUCGUCAAAAAGACGUCACAGAUCUAGCUCAGAAAGACGUCGCAGCAGGCGUGAAAGUAGAAGCAAAAGCAAGAGGAGCCAAAAAUCAGAACGUAGUAAUGGAAAUGGUGAAGGUAGGAAAAAACGCGCGAAAGAGGGCGAAGAAUCGGGGAGCGAAAGAGGCGAGAAGAGGCGUGGGAAGAAAACGAGGACGAGUAAAAUUCUUUGACAAAGCCACUGAUACAGCGUAGAUGAAUUUUGAUGUAGUAAAGCAGUAUGUAGCUGUAUUAAAGCUGUUGCCCAGGCA